UAUGAUGCAGAAAAGCUGUGUCCGGGGUAUCUGUUCGUGGCUCCCUAUUCGCAAUUGGCGGCCAAGCAGAUAACAGAUCCUGCUGAGGCGUAUAUCACUGGUCCGAUGAUAUAUGAUCAUAAUGGACAAAUGAUAUGGAUUGGAUCUACCAUGUUUCCCGGACGAGAUGCCUACGACUUCAGGACCGUGGCAUAUAAAGGCGAAACUAUGCUUUCUUUUAUCAUCUCGCCAAACAAGUUCUAUCCUGAGCAUCCGGAAGGAAUGGCUGUUCUCCUCAACAGCGACUAUGAGAUUGUCAACAUGACUUUGCCAUUGUUCAAUACGCCAGAGUUCAAUAUACACGAGUACAGGAUUAUCGACGACGGGUCUUCUGUUCUGACACUCUACUCCAAGCCCACGUUGCUUAACGACACAUGGAUCAUGGAUGACGGAAUCGCUGAGAUCGAGCUGGAUACUGGAGCAACUCUGUUUCGCUGGAGUUCUCUGGAGCAUAUUCCCUUGAAUGCAUCAAAUUUUGAUCUUCCCAAAGCAGGCUCAACAACAGAGAAACAAGCCUGGGAUUGGUUCCUACCCUCAGCCNACGCAAACUCCGUCGACAAAAACAACGAUGGCGACUACCUCCUCUCCUCCCGCCACACAAGUUCCAUCUACAAAAUCUCCGGCCUCAAUGGUUCUAUCCUCUGGACACUAAGCGGAAAAAGCCCCGACAUCAACCACUCUAACAAUUUCAACUUUUCCUGGCAACACGAUGCGCGAUUCCUUCUCUCCAAUGCCUCCACAACCAUCCUCUCAUUUUUCGAUAAUGCAGGCGUGGGCAUCAGUGACCCCCUAAAAACAACAGGAAACUGGAGUCUUGGUGUUGUGCUCGAGAUCAACACUACUUCCUCCCCGAUGACCACGAAACUACUCCACAGCUAUGAGCAUCCAGACCAUGAGAUCUCGAUCGCAAGGNGGAAUAUGCAAACACUGCCUAACGAUAAUGUGUUCAUUGAUUGGGCCACUCAUGGGCAAAUAUCUGAGUUUACUGCUUCUGGUUCUCCUCUGAUGACGGCGAAAUUCUCGGAUGGAAAGAUGAGUACUUAUCGCAGCUAUAAGGCCGCUUUUGUGGGAAGACCACAUACACCACCACUCAUAAGAUCCAUGAUAUAUGGUUCUUCCGCCGCUUCCUCUGAUACGUUCCACUAUUUCAGUUGGAACGGUGCUACAAAUGUUGUAUCCUGGAAUCUUUGGGGUGGUGCUAGAAAUAUCUCUGGGAGCUUUUCAUUGCUUGUGACAGUGGAGAAGACGGAGUUUGAGACUACCUAUAUGACGAAAGGGUAUAUCAGAUUUGUGUACGUUGAAGCUGUAGGGAGCGAUGGAGAGAUCAUGGGAAGAUCCGUUGUUGUUGCUUCAGAGGUGCCGGAGAGCUGGACAGAUGGGAAGGUCUGUACCGAGGACGAUGUUUGUGCAGUUGACGAGGGAGAGGCAGCGAGUAAGAACUCUGCAGAGGUUGAUGAUGCUUCUACUGGAAUGGGGGCAAAGCAUCAGAAC